AGACGGUGUUCCUAUUGUUUCUUGAAUUGCCUCUUCCUGCUGCUAGGCCGGCUUGGUUUUUCAUCAGCGCCUUUAGGUAAACAAACAUUCGCUCAGGGCCGGUGGCUCGCCCAGCAAGCGUCGCCUCUCGCUGCUCUGCUCGGUCGCUCGCCCUUGCCGGCUCGCCCUCGUGCUCGUGGCCGGUGGCUCGCUGCCUCUUGGUCCGUCGCUCGCUGUCGCUGGUGGCUCGCUGCAUAUCGAUUGCCGAUUGGCUCAUCAGAUUCAGUCUUUCAGAUCUGCUUCUCAGAAGCUCUAACUCCAGUCUCCAGAUCUGCUUCAACUUUCAGCGGGUAAGUGAAGAUGGCGAAGAAGAAGGAGAAAUCCGUGAAUGUGUCGGGGAAACCGAAGCACUCGCUAGAUGUGAACAGACAAAGCAAUGGAAGCAAAGCCAGUCGCAGCGCCUCCACGGUGCGGCGGCUCAAGAUGUACAAUUCGAGGCCGAGGCGCGACACCAAAGGCAAGAUUGUGAAGCACGACUUGCAGUCUAAAGAAUUGCCCUCCACCCGGAUCCAACCCGAUCGUCGCUGGUUUGGUAAUACUCGAGUUGUAAAUCAGAAAGAGCUUGAAUUUUUCCGUGAAGAACUCCAGAGCCGACUAUCGAGUAAUUACAAUGUAAUUUUGAAGGAGAGGAAACUGCCCUUGUCCCUUUUGAAUGACCAUCAGAAGCAAGCAAGAGUUCAUCUUCUCGAUACAGAGCCUUUUGAGGAUGCCUUUGGACCUAAGAAGAAGAGGAAGCGCCCAAAGCUCAUGGUAUCGGACUAUGACUCAUUAAUUAGGAGGGCAGAUGGUUAUCAAGAUGCUUUCGAACAGAAGUAUGGUGCCAGUACAUCUGCAGGAGGAGAUGAAGGAGAUGGUUUUAGGGAACUGGUUCGACAUACAAUGUUUGAGAAGGGACAAAGUAAACGCAUAUGGGGAGAGCUGUACAAAGUUAUAGACUCUUCAGAUGUUGUUGUCCAGGUUUUGGAUGCCAGAGAUCCACAAGGUACCAGAUGUUUUCACUUGGAGAAGCAUUUGAAAGAGCAUUGCAAACACAAGCACAUGAUUCUUUUGUUAAACAAGUGUGAUUUGGUCCCUGCCUGGGCAACAAAAGGAUGGCUUAGAGUGUUAUCAAAGGAGUAUCCAGCUCUAGCAUUUCAUGCAAGCAUCAAUAAGUCAUUUGGCAAGGGUUCUCUUUUGUCAGUAUUGAGACAAUUUGCCCGCUUAAAAAGUGACAAGCAAGCAAUAUCUGUGGGAUUUGUUGGUUAUCCCAAUGUUGGAAAGUCAUCAGUUAUCAACACACUGCGGACAAAAAAUGUCUGCAAGGUUGCUCCUAUUCCAGGAGAGACUAAAGUGUGGCAAUACAUAACACUCACAAAGAGAAUCUUCUUAAUUGACUGCCCUGGAGUUGUUUACCAGAACAGCGACUCAGAAACAGAUGUUGUACUCAAGGGUGUGGUCCGUGUCACAAAUUUGGAAGAUGCUGCUGAACACAUUGGAGAAGUUUUGAAACGUGUGAAGAAAGAGCAUCUGGAAAGAGCAUAUAGGAUUAAGGACUGGGAGGAUGAGAAUGACUUUCUUGUGCAGCUAAGCAAAUUAACAGGGAAACUGUUAAAGGGCGGCGAACCUGACUUGAUGACUGUGGGAAAGAUGGUCCUCCAUGAUUGGCAGAGAGGUAAGAUACCGUUCUUUGUUCCACCUCCAAAGGAAGAAGAUGGCUCAAUAAAGGAACCCGAUGAACCAGUUGGAGAAGAAAAGGCUAGUGAUGAUGAGGUAGCAGCUAAACAGGCCAUUGCAGAGGUUGUAUCAUCGCAGCAGCUAAAAGAUGUCCCUGUUCAAGAGGAACUUUUUAGCGAGAAUGAGUUAAAGGGUUGAGAUGUCUGAGCACUUUCUGGCACAGAGGGUACAGGUGGCUAGUGUAACCUCAAAAGCUAGUUUGCAGCCCCUCAAUUUGCUAGUCUUUCACCAAGCCAGUGUAUUUGCUGUUAGCUGGGCUCUGUAUACUAGCGUAGCAUCCUUGUUCUAGGAUUGAGUUGCAAUGUGCUUUGGCUGGCCCAAUUUUGUAUGGAUAUUUAUGCUUACGUGUUGAUUUCCCCUGGGAUCUCCUUAAAGAUUUUCAAUUGUUUUUUUUUAAACCUUAUUUGUCUGGGCUUCUUGGCUGUGGGUCAUGCAUGUUGCUUUUAACAUGUUUUAAGGUUACCGUUUCACCUAAUUUGGUUCCAAUAUU